AUGAAGAGCUAUACAAAAGAGAAGCUGAUUAGUGCUGUCGAAAGUGAUUUUAGUUCACCUGUUGCUGCCGAAAAGUUUAAUAUACCUGAAAGAACCAUACGUUCUCAUAGGCAAAUGCCAUUACAAAAGGUUGGUGCUGGCCGAUAUCGUUAUCUUAAUGAUAACGAAGAAAAUCAUCUAGUUUCAUUAUUUCAAAUUUUACCGAAUUAUGGAUUUUCAUUAACUGCUGGUGUUGCUAUUAACAUCUCAUCUGAAUAUAUGAAAUCACUUGGUUUGUCCUUCAAACCUGGACGAAAAUGGUUACAAGCAUUUGUCAAGCGACAUCGUAUGAAAAUUAAAUGGAAAAAAGAAGAAAAACUUGAGCGAAUAUGUGCUGGAAAAUUUAUUGAAGAAACACGUCGUGGUUGGUGUGGGUGUGGGUGCGGGUGUGGGUGUGGGUGGGUGUCGAGUGUGGAUGUGGGUGUGUAUUAUCUUGUCAUGGACACCCACACCCACACCCUCUUUAUUUUCUUCGAAAAACACGUGAGUCCCACGGAACAACAGUCAUUGGAAGGAUUUUAGCUCUUCUUUUUUUGCUCUGUUUUAUAUUAUCUUCAGUAUAGAAUUUCAUACAAAAUACUCGCUUAUUUCUGAAAGAUUGGAAGUUUAUGACAAAGAUUAAUUCGUUUUUAAUUGGUAUGCAGGUGUUUUGUUAUAUCAUUAUUUGCUUUGCUUCCCCACGCCUCUCUGCUUAUAUACUCAUUUCAUGAGCGAUGUGUACUUCUUUCGCUUAUCUUUUUGCAUACACGCAUCAUCAUGCUGUCUCUACAUAUAAAAAUGAUCGCCCAUCAAACAAAUAAAUGUUCUAUCCUGUUGCUAACACGAGAGUGAGUAUGGCCUUCUUUCGCAGGCUCUGUUUAGGCUUGAUGUCCAUCAGUAGCCGGCGAUACUGAGUAAAAGAGGCAAAAACGUCUUAAAAACAUUUUAAAAACACAUUUCGCAUAGCAUUUAUGUGCUUUGAUUUAUGCUCGAACAAAAUACUUAUUCUCUGUGAUUCAUUAAAAACAUUCCUUUCUUAGAUAAUAUAUAAGAUAGAGUCGUACCCGAACAUUUAAUUAAUUUACAUAUGUUAAGCCUAAUUCAUUGUAAUGAUAACGAUCUUGAUUAAAUGUAAGGUUUUUUAAUAACAAGUAACGUUCAUCGUCAAGCGAUUCACUUAGCCCUAGACUGAUA